AUGGGAUACGGGAAGAGGCUGCUGCUCUCCAUUAAAGGGGAAGUGACUUGUCUGCAAAUAACUGUACAACUGAGACACACCUCACAGACUCCAGGGGGCAGGGAUGUUCAACAACUCAGCGAGGCGGGUGGAACAAAGGUUUCAAUGAAACUUCCGCAGCAGCAGCAGGCAACUGGGCGCCAAGCCCAACUUCCCUCUUCCUAUGGCAGCUGUCUUCAAACCAGGGUUCGAGUACACGUGGGGGUCUACAGGCUUUUUAAGGGGCUAAGUGUCCAUGAACGAGCUAAAGAGAAUCGCUUUCAGAAAAUCUGCUUCCAGAGUCUUAACAUCCAAGGCUCCUUGAAGCCCCUUAAGCUCUGGAAGAGCUCCCAGCAGCAGCGGAGAGCAGCUCCUUCUCUGUGCCCCUUGCGAGCGAGAACCUGGGAGGGCCAGGAAUGGGCAGUUAUAGACCAGACUUCCUGCCUCAGGUGCCCUCUGACCUUCAGUAAUUACGGCUUCCGGAAGUGGUUGGCUCCCCAUCUACAAAAUGAAGAUAAUGAGUCCCAACUUCUUGGGGCUAUUGAAGGUUUAAUUGAUUCAUGGUGGCGAAGAGGUUGGCAAUCCUCGGCCGGAAUUCAGCAGAGGCUGCUCUGUCAAGGAGGUGUUCACACUGAAGCUGGCCAGUUUACAAUGGAGGACACGUGUUUCUGCCCCAGCGAGUGCAGAACCUGUUCCCGCGGAGCUGCGGUACUGCCUUGCCCGGACCGCGUGUGCCGCUUGUGGGGGGAGUGUGCGCGCAGAGUGUUGCGGACCCAUCGGCGUGUGACCUGGAUAUCUGCGGGCUCCGCGGCGGCUGGCCGCCUGGAGCAGCAUUGCUUGGUCCGUGCGGCGGCAGAGGAGCUUGAGAAUGUUCACAUCUUACCACGGACAGUUCUUUACAUGGCUGAUUCAGAAACUUUUAUUAGUCUGGAAGAGUGUCGUGGCCACAAGAGAGCAAGGAAAAGAACUACCAUGGAAACAGCAUUUGCCCUUGAGAAGCUAUUCCCAAAACAAUGCGAAGUCCUUGGGAUUGUGACCCCAGGAAUUGUAGUGACUCCAAUGGGAUCAUGUAGCAAUCGACCUCAGGAAAUUGAAAUUGGAGAAUCUGGUUUUGCUCUGUUAUUCCCUCAAAUUGAAGGAGUGAAAAUACAACCUUUUCAUUUUAUUAAGGAUCCAAAGAAUUUAACAUUAGAAAGACAUCAACUCACUGAAGUAGGUCUUUUAGAUAACCCUGAGCUUCGUGUGGUCCUUGUAUUUGGCUAUAAUUGCUGUAAGGCGGGAGCCAGUAAUUAUCUGCAGCGAGUCGUAAGCACUUUCAGUGAUAUGAAUGUCAUCUUGGCUGGAGGCCAGGUGGACAACCUGGCAUCGCUGACCUCUGAAAAGAACCCUCUGGAUAUUGAUGCCACAGGUGUGGUUGGACUGUCAUUUAGCGGACACCGAAUUCAGAGCGCCACAGUGCUUCUCAACGAGGAUGUCAAUGAUGAGAAGACUGCUGAGGCUGCGAUGCAGCGCCUCAAAGCAGCCAAUAUUCCAGAACAGAACACCAUUGGCUUCAUGUUUGCAUGCGUUGGCAGGGGCUUUCAGUAUUACAGAGCCAAGGGGAAUGUUGAGGCUGAUGCAUUUAGAAAGUUUUUUCCUAGUGUUCCUUUAUUUGGCUUCUUUGGAAAUGGAGAAAUUGGCUGUGAUCGCAUAGUCACUGGGAACUUUAUAUUGAAGAAAUGUAAUGAAGUAAAGGAUGAUGAUCUGUUUCAUAGCUAUACAACAAUAAUGGCACUGAUUCAUCUUGGGUCAACUAAAUAAAGCCACCUGCAAAGUGGCUUUUGCAGUGUAACUUUUGGGCUCUGCCUUUUCCAGAAAAUGGAAACUUGGGAUAUGUGUAUUUUAAACAAAAAUAACUUUAUAUGGAUCUGUUUUGUAGCUUUGAUGCUCUAAUGAUUACACUGGGGGUAGUUUUUAAGAUAUUAGAUGGAGGACAACUUUUUUACAUAUCAUAAUGCAGGCCUAGAGUUGAGAGCUUUUGCAUCAGGUACAAGCAAACUGAUCAUGGCUAUAUUGCAUCAGAUUAUUAUUGCACAGUAGCUGCUGUGUAAUGUGACUUUAAAUAGUCUCCUGCAUAGGAAGAUUGAAAGAAGAUUCAUCAAUAGGAUGGAGGUUUAAGACAUUCCAUGACUACUUCUGCAUUGUUAGAGGAUCUUUUGGCAGAAUCAUGAAGACUUUUUUUUCUCCCUUAAUAAAGGAGAAAAAUACACAGAUGGCUUGAGAAAUCUUUCUCUGCUUUAUAAUUUUACCAGUUUUUUCAGAAGCUGUAACAAAAUUAUUACCGACUUUUUACUUAUUUGAUAAAAAUUAACUAUUUUUGUUUUAGUACUCUGCAGUUGCUGAGUCAAAUAAAUUGCCAAGACGAAUCAGUAUUAUUUCAUAAAAAAAAUUUUUCCUUUUCCGUCAGUAAAAAAAUUACAAGAGAAAAUCAUUUUCACCUAGUUCUGGGUAGCUAAUUGGCAGACCAGACAAUUACAUCACCUUAUUUUGGUUUUAUACCAAUAAAACAUACCUUGGAACUCAUUCGGAGAUAGUGUUUUGUAUUGUAUUGCUUUUGGUGAGUGAAGGAAGGAAGUAAACUAAUCCUUUAGAAAAGUAAACCCAGCAUAGUAGGUAUUUGUCAGCUAGUAAAUCCUGGCAUAUUCCCAGUAGAACCAUUUUCAAGUUUGAAUUUCUAAUUAUGCAAGCAUCUAAAUGAGCUAUGUCCAGAGAAGACCAGUUUCCCCGCGGUAUCCAUUCUUUCCUUUUCAUCUAGUGAUAGAACCUUUGGUUUUCAGUUAGGCACAGACAUUCUCCUGGAACAAAGACUACCUUUGUCAGUCUCUCGAAAGUAUGACUGUUCUGGUUGGUGAACUGUGAGCGGAAAUAUGUGUCCUUCAAAAUGGUGUGACUGUUUUUUUUGCCCUUUCUCAAUCUUGUUACUUGGAAGUGGAUCUGGUAGUGAGGCAGCCUGGACUCUAGAGAAGAGGCAGCGCUCUACUGUGGAAGAGAACCACACGGAAGGAUCCUGGGUUGCUGUGUAAUUUUGUUGAAGUGCUACUACCAUAACCAGCCUGGACUGCCUACCUCCAGAUUGUUUUACAAGACAGAAAUUAAUAUCAAUCUUGCCUAAGCCACUUUUUUUUCCAGGUCUUUGUUACAGGAUAUCUUUAUAUUAGCAUAUUCUACCUAAUACAGUAUGAUAUAACUAAUGUAUGGCACUUUGGUAAAGGUCAGUGGUUCUAACAAAAUGGGUAGAAAACUUGCAAGGUAAGUGAAAUUACAUGUAUUAACAUUCCUGCUUUUCUAUUUUUAAUCAUUUUUCUCCCAAUUUUUACCUUAAAAGAUUUUUCUCUGUUUACAUAUAUGAUAAAAAUACUUGUGUAUUUGUGGUUAUCCUAAAUCUUAGUUCCUGAAGAAAGUCCAAAGAAAAAGUUUGUCAUAGAA